AUGGCGUCUGGAGCACAGUCAUUCUACGAGCUGUACCGCCGAAGCAGCAUCGGGCUCGCUUUGACGGACACGCUCGACGACUUGAUCAGCGAGGAGCGCAUCAACCCGCAGCUUGCUAUGAAGAUUCUCGGCAAUUUUGACCAGGCUAUUACCGAGGCGCUGCAAAAGAAUGUCAAGAGUCGGCUGCAAUUCAAGGGGAGCCUGGACACGUACCGAUUCUGCGAUGAAGUAUGGACCUUUUUGAUCAAGAACGUUACCUUCAAGAUGGACAGUGGGAGCCAGUCCGUCCAGGCGGACAAGGUCAAGAUUUCCUCAAAUGCUCUGGUAUGCUACGCCAAUCCCGACUCCACCAGGGGUUCCAACUCACACUCACCCAACUCACCCGCCGCAUCAGCACCAGCACCAUCAAACAUGGUCCAUCAACGCCGCGGCAAGAAAACCAAAACCACAACCCCCAUGCCUCAAUCUCCCCAAGGCACAACCCCCCGCACGCAAUGGAUGAUAUACGCCAUCGCAAGCGGCGCCUGUGCCGCCUUCAACGGCGUCUUCGCAAAGCUCACAACCACGGACCUCACCUCCUCGCUCGCUCAUAAACUAGCCGCCCUGCUAUCCAUCUCUCACGAGAAUAUAGUAGAAAUAGUCGUCCGCGCCAUCUUCUUUGGGCUGAACCUCACGUUCAACGGGAUAAUGUGGACGCUGUUUACAAAGGCUCUCGCAAGGGGGACGUCGACUACGCAGGUUAGCAUUAUUAACACGUCUACGAAUUUCAUGCUCACUGCGUUGUUGGGGCUGUUUAUCUUUGCGGAGGCUUUGCCGCCGCUUUGGUGGGCGGGUGCGUCGUUGCUGGUGGUUGGGAAUGUGAUUGUCGGGAGGAAGGAUGAGGACAAAGCACCAGGUGAGGGUGAAGAGGUGGAAAGGGAGGAGAGCACGCAGCAGGAGGAGACUAUUCCGCUGAUGAAGGAGGAUGAAGCGGAUGAGGAUGUGGCUGAUUUGGGAGAUAUAUCGCGAUAG